AUGGCUAACCUUCCCGGAAUCAUCCCUUCUGCUGCCGAGUAUCGACAAUUGGAGACCACCUAUGGCUUAUCCUCCUUAGAAGGUGUGGAAUUUCCCUCUCCUGGCUCUAGCAUCUCUUCCCCUCCCCCUGGAAAAAUUGGGGUUUCCCUAAAAACCCUGGACGUCGAUAUACGAUUUCCCCUGACGGACUUUCAGGAGGAAGUCCUUCAAAAGGAUGGUUGUAGUCUUCAGAUGUUGACCCCCAAUGUUGUCAACAAAGUGGUUGCCUUCAAGAUGAUCUGUAGGGUAAGCGGGUACCUUCUCGACUACUUUGUCUUCAAGUUCUUCUUUCGAUUUUGCAUCACCGGAGACAAAUCACGCCGUAGUUCCCGAUGGGCAUACCCCUAA